AUGGACGAGGAUACCAGUAGGCUGGCCCCCCCGGCCGUCACCUCGCUCCGUGCUCAAGCCAUCGGCCGUUCAAUGGAAAGAUCUAUAAGCGCAGACAUUAGGGAAGAGCGUGAAGAACUUCGUGAGGCCGCAGAGCAGACUCUGAAUGUCAUUGUGGACCUCAAUCUCGAUGGCUCUAUCCGGUGGGUUAGCCCGUCAUGGGCCGAUGUUAUUGGGACAGAUCCAGAUGCCGUCGAAGGCACUCCGAUCGCCGACUUGAUUAUUAGCGAGGAUAAGUCUGCAUUUGCCGAAGCUAUUGAUUCAAUGAAGAAUGAUGAUUCACGCAGCCACUAUAUCCGAUUUACCGUUUACCUAGGUCCCCUGUCUAAGUUAUACCCUACCGAUGCUCUCAAGGAGUCUGAAGCAGACCAAAGCAACCCUGCCACGGUCGAGUUAGAGGCUCAAGGGAUUAUGGUCUACGAUCGCACUACUGGAGGCGAAAGUCAUACUAUGUGGAUGAUCCGGCCAUGGGUUCCACCACGAGAGAUAAAAAUUGACCUGGCACCGCUACUUGUAGAUUCUCUUGGGUCGGGCGCUGAGGUUCUAGCUAGCUAUUUGACCCAACUAGCUGAGUCUGGAAACGAUGAUCCCGCAAAAAACCCGCCGCCGCUACCAGUUUUGUGCCGCAUCUGCGAACGCCAAAUCCCGCCUUGGUGGUUUGAGAAACAUACGGAUCUAUGCCUUCAAGAGCAUCGAGCUGAAAUGGAUGUCCAGAUAGCCCAAGAGAAUUUAACUGAACACCGGCACGCCAUCGUCAAAGUGCUAGAUGCGUUAGAGGCCCGCAAGAGCCGUACUCUUUCAGGAGAGCUAGGAUCGAUACCUAUUGCUGAGUACAAGGGCUUGCCUAUAGGGCCUUCCUCUACUACAUCCUCCCCCGGGGCAGCCUCUCCAACUCCAUCGUCGAGGGAUCGAUCGACCGGAUUCGGCCAUGGUCGCUCUCGAUCGUUUGCGGUGCGGCGUCCUCAAGCCCGUAUUGUGGAGUUGCUCUUGGACCUCUGUGAUACCGCUAUCGAAAUUAGCACACCCGCAAUCAAGGAAUCAUCAUCGCAAGAAUUUCGAACCCAGUCACCGCAAUCCGAGUCUCGAAUAUCUCAGGUGCUCCAAUGGCAAUCUCCUGGCUCAAACACCCUUGAACAGGAGCAGGGUUUAGCUUUGCUAUGUGCAGAAACCGAACGGGUUGCUAAAGAGAAGGUCGAAGCCGUAUUUCGCCAUAGGAGGAUAAUCGAGUACGCGGAACGGAUCCGGGUUGAACUUACCGUCAUAGUGGAGAAUUGUGUCGAAGAUGCCAUGCGCAAGGCAGCUCGUAUCGCUGAAGGCCGGCUGAGCGACUCGACUGAGGAUGAAGAAGGCGAAGAAGAAGAGGACGACGACGACGACGACGACGACAACGAUGAGGAAGAAGAGGAAGAGGAGGAAGAGAUCGAAGAGACCCCGGUGGCACAGGAAGAGCCUAUUUUUGCUGGGUCAUUCGAUACGGCCUCUUCACUGGCACUUGCUCUCAAGAAUGUGGACUUGGGCGAUGCAAACGACAAAAGGCGCCCCUCUUCUAUUAUUGAGUCUACAAGGUCAAGCAGCCCUAGGGAAUGCCUAACGCCAAAAUCCCACCGGGAGGUGUUAGGCACCUCUAAUACAUCCCGAGCUUCUCGCCGGGGAUCUGCCUUACUUGAGACUGAUGCCGGAGAUAGUGAUGGCAGUGGCAGAUCCACUUCCGUAGCGCGGAAACCGCCUCGGACUGAUUCGCCUAUGUCCGAACGGGGUGGUUUACGACGUGCUACUAGUUCGCGCCAACAUCAAAGGCGAAGCCUCGUCCUUACUGGUACAUCAUCACCUCAUCGUCAGGAGUCACCUUCAAGAGCCACACAGCCCUCAUCGCCAUUACGAAUACAUAAGCCUCGUAAUCUUCAAUAUUCACAAGAUGGAGUCGUUUCUCCAGAGCCUUCGCCUAUGCUCCCUAGUAGUGAAUUUAGUUCACCGGCCAUAUUUACGCAUCACCGUCGACAAUCGUCAACGGCCAUGUCGGACUUCCCAAAUCGACCCACGUCCCCCCGUUUAAACCCUGCCAAUCAUCCACCAAUGGCACGUGCAGUCCCCCCUUCAAUCAAAGACUUCGAAAUUAUCAAACCGAUUAGCAAGGGUGCCUUUGGCAGUGUCUACCUGUCAAAGAAGAAGUCCACGGGUGAAUAUUUCGCAAUUAAGGUCUUGAAGAAGGCGGACAUGGUGGCUAAAAAUCAAGUCACAAAUGUUAAAGCCGAAAGGGCUAUUAUGAUGUGGCAAGGGGAGAGCGAAUUCGUUGCAAAGCUGUAUUGGACGUUCUCUAGCAAGGACUACUUGUAUCUUGUCAUGGAGUAUCUGAAUGGAGGCGAUUGUGCUUCCCUCAUUAAAGUCCUCGGGGGACUACCAGAGGAGUGGGUAAAGAAAUAUCUCGGUGAAGUUAUUCUCGGUGUAGAGCAUCUACAUGAUCGAGGUAUAAUCCAUCGUGAUCUAAAACCCGAUAAUCUACUCAUCGAUCAAAAAGGUCACCUCAAAUUGACUGAUUUUGGUCUAUCACGCAUGGGAUUAAUCGGCCGCCAAAAGAGAGCUCUAAAUAGUGGAAACGCCGAGCCUACACCCGAUUUACUUAAGACGGGGCCUUUUGUUCGGUCGACAUCCGUGGCAUCGUCUCGGUCAGCUUCACUUGACUUCCAUGGUAGUCACCAUUCUCCCGCUGCCACACCGCAGAUAACCCCGGAUAUUGGAGUUGGGCAACCGUCUUAUUUCACCCUCUCACAGGUUCAUCCAUCUGGUCAACGUAGCGACAGUGGUGGUAGCGAAACGUUGGCGCAUAUGAUGGGGAACUUCUCUUUAGGUGACCCUCAACAUAGUCAAACUAGUUUACGGUCUCCGCGCGAUGAUGUGAGUGACGGCGGCAAUGCUUCUCCUGAUUUACCAUCGCUUCAACACGCCAACAGCCACAAUAGCGACAUGCAUAGGAAUACACCGCCUCAGUCGAGCAUGAUGCCUCCUCCAAUGGCUCUAUUCGACCCCGAAGACACAAACCGUCGGUUCGUAGGAACUCCCGAUUACCUCGCCCCCGAGACCAUUAAAGGUGCUAGACAGGACGAGACUAGUGAUUGGUGGUCAGUCGGCUGCAUUAUGUUUGAGUUCCUCUAUGGUUACCCCCCUUUCCACGCCGACGAGGCGGAACAAGUCUUUGAGAACAUACUCGGGCGAAAAAUUAUGUGGCCAGAUGAGUCAGACGACGAGGUAUCGUCCGAGGCGAAAGACCUUAUCAAUAAAUUGCUCUGCAUCGACCCGCAGCAGAGGCUAGGUUCGAAUCGUGAGGGGAAAUACGAGUCCGGCGGAGAAGAGAUCAGAAGCCACCCCUGGUUUGAAGGUAUCAAUUGGGCUACUCUACUACAGGAUGAUGCCCAGUUUAUUCCUCAACCCGAGAACCCCGAAGACACAGAAUAUUUUGAUGCUCGAGGUGCCACUCUGGAGUCUUUCACCGAAGAGAUCGAAGAUCAAGCUUCGCCUCCAUCGGUCGCGACACCGGAUUAUCCUGAUCGCCCGCACGAUGCUUUAUCGCGUGUCCGGUCCCAAGUUCAGGUCAACCAGAUCAAACGAGGCUUGAUGCCAUUGCACAUACCUCCCCACAUCCGAGAUCUAAAGAGUCGUCGACUUAGUGAGCCGGUAGCUUCGGAUGAUUUUGGAACAUUUGCUUUCAAGAAUCUUACAGUGCUUGACAAAGCCAAUAAAGAUGUCAUCCAGCAGUUGAAAGCUCAGGCGAUGGCGGUACAGAACAGAGCCGGAACGAGUCCAGGUGGGAAUAAUCCUACUUCCCCAGGUCCCGGGCUCGAAGGGAGCCCGAUCUUAUCCAACCCAAUACAACGCAACUUGUCCAAUGCUAAGGCGUCGGCAUCACAACGCCCGGCAUCGCCUUCCACGGCUAGCCACGCCAAUUCAUCUCCUAGCCGUGCUUCUCAACCGUCUUCGCCACUCCUCGUAUCCUUCCAUGCAGGUCAAGGAGCAGAGGGUCGCAGGAAGGCCUCGAGCAAUUCUUCAAGUCUGUCGCAACAAUCUGGUUCUGGAUCAUUGCAGCCUGGGAGCUUCUUUGAUGUGCCUCGUACUACCCCUAGCCUUCAAAAAUCAGCAACGGCAGCUUCUCCGUCCCCCGCGAAGGGUAAAGUUGCACCGCUUCCGUUGCCGUUGUCGUUACCGUUAUCGCCGCAUAGAACAGCAGGGACUCCAAGACAGCCAAGCGAAUCCUCGACACGAUCGCGAUCUCUAACCGUAGGCUCUCAAGAAGGUAGUCCUGUAGCUGCUGACCUUCUUGCGCACCAUCGCAAUCGUCGAAGCCAAGUUUUUGACAUGUCUCCUUCGUCGUCGGACAACGAAAACGAACGGGCGAGUGCCCUUCUUAAAGUGCAACGACGUCGCCAGUCCUCUCGCAGGAUGUCGGCUAUUGUACUUGAUAGUCCGUCAUUCCGCUCCUUAGACGUUCUAAUUUGCGAAGACCACCCAGUUUCACGAAUGGUGAUGGAGAAGUUGCUCGAGAAGCUGCGGUGUCGUACCAUCUCCGCGUCGACCGGCUCAGAUGCAGUUCGAUACGCGGUUAGCGAAAUCAAGUUUGAUAUCAUAUUUACCGAGUUUAAACUGCCCGAAAUAAGCGGUUCGGACGUUGCCCGGAUGGUGCGCGAAGUCAAGAACGUCAAUGCUCAUACGCCUAUUGUUGCAAUUACAGCCUACUUGAAGGAGUUGCAGGCUCCUCAUUAUUUUGACUCGCUCAUUGAGAAACCCAUCAGCUCUUCUAAGCUGAUCGAAGUUCUUUCCAACCUUUGCCAAUGGAAACCGCCGACACCAGGUCAAAUUCAGUCCCUACCAAUUCCAAACCCUAUCACUAGUGUGAGACUGAAAAACCCACACAUGGAAGAGAGUCCCACCUCGGUAUCAUCUGGAUAUGCUCACCCAGGCAGUAGCUUUAGGGGGUCGAGCAGGGAAGAUUCCAUCAGUUCUAGUUUAUUUGGGGACUCUGAAUCCGCGACUACCGAUGAAAUACCUGUGAUCCCUGGUCGCAAAGGUAUGGGCGAGUGGGGAGAAGAGUCUGGCCUUGGUAUUAGUAACGAGGAGACGUCUGGAAGUUCCGGAGGAGUCCCGAAAAUGCCCAUUCCGCUCAUCUCUCAACAAUCAGCCCCAGCCCAAAUGGAGCAACCUAGAAUGCCAGCUCCCCGGCGAUCUCUAGAGAAGCUUCGUUCAAGGCGUGAACAUCUCGAGAAGCGGCGUGUAGAAGGUAAUGACUCGGCAGAUGACGAAGACGACGAGCUUGGUACGCAUCGAGAUCGUGGGUUCCGUGGCAAGCAGCCAACUCCUAGCUCAAAGCUCGGGAUUGAAAUGAUGAGGGCAAAUAGUCACGACAGUGUUGCUAUCUCAUCAUCCGACACUACCCCAGAACCUAUAACCCAGGUAGUCACUCCAUCAAGGGAGAGCGAUGUUUCACCACUUUCGGGUGCUAUAUCGCCAUCCAGAGCCCCCUUGCAGACACCGCCGGAAGUUUCUUCAACGCUCGAUCCAAGUACCGCCGGCCAAGGUUCCGACACAACACCAAAAUCAACGACGGCGACUAUCGCAGAAGACGAGGAAGCAGCCGAAGAGCCAACGCCACGGCCACAUGCGAAGCCUUCUGAGACUCAGGCACUACUCUAACGGAUCGAAUUUGAGUUUUCACAUUCGACAUUGCGCAUGUCACAUAUUUGAAACGUACCUAUCGCAACACAACAAUCGUUUCUAUAAAUGAAGUCCACAGCAACGGCGUUUUCCGGGUUUGGGACAUGCAUUUUUUUUUCUUCUCUAUUUUCCUUUUGUGUUCAAAGUGCGGACUUGUUAGCAACGGAGUUAUUAGGCACACGGGACUUUUUUUGUCGUUUCCGAUGGUGGCCUAUUUUUCGAAUAAAAAAAGACGCCCCCGGACAGACAGACAGACAGAUAGGUAGUCAGAAAUCGGGCGGGGUUUGUCGUUGUCGCAUUUACACUACUUGUUUAGGGGGGUUUUCCCCCCCUCGUCUCGCAUCAAUGUCGUCGUGUUGUGUUGCCAUGUCUGAUUCUCACCCGUGCAAAAUCGGUGUUUGAAAUCCAUGUCGUACAAUCUCGACAGAAUCCAAUUCACUCCGUUCCUUUUUUUGAUCGAUCGCCUUUCUUCGUGCCUGUCUAUCGACUGUCUGGUGCCCUUGUCCCGU